GACAUGUCAAAACCGGGCAGCUGGCGGCCAUCAAAGUCAUGGACGUGACUGAAGAUGAAGAAGAGGAGAUUAAGCUGGAGAUUAACAUGCUGAAGAAAUACUCUCAUCAUAGAAACAUCGCCACGUAUUACGGCGCCUUCAUCAAGAAGAGUCCUCCAGGACACGACGACCAGCUGUGGCUGGUGAUGGAGUUUUGUGGAGCCGGUUCGAUCACAGAUCUUGUGAAGAACACUAAAGGGAAUUCCCUGAAGGAAGACUGGAUCGCAUACAUCUCCAGAGAAAUCCUCAGGGGUUUGGCUCACCUGCACGCUCAUCACGUCAUCCACAGAGACAUCAAGGGCCAGAACGUGCUUCUGACGGAGAAUGCCGAGGUCAAGCUAGUGGACUUCGGCGUCAGCGCUCAGCUGGAUCGAACCGUGGGCCGCAGAAACACCUUCAUCGGGACGCCGUACUGGAUGGCUCCCGAGGUCAUCGCCUGCGACGAGAACCCAGACGCCACGUACGACUACAGGAGCGACCUGUGGUCCUGUGGGAUCACUGCCAUAGAGAUGGCCGAGGGCGCUCCUCCAUUGUGCGAUAUGCAUCCCAUGCGAGCGCUCUUUCUCAUACCCAGAAAUCCUCCGCCCAGACUCAAGUCCAAGAAAUGGUCUAAGAAGUUCUUCAGCUUCAUCGAGGGCUGUCUGGUGAAGAACUACACGCAGCGGCCGCCCACCGAUCAGCUGCUGAAGCACCCCUUCAUCAGAGACCAGCCCAACGAGCGGCAGGUGCGCAUCCAGCUCAAAGACCACCUGGACCGCUGCCGCAAGAAGCGCGGAGAGAAAGACGAGACCGAGUACGAGUACAGCGGCAGUGAGGAAGAGGAGGAGGAGGCUCAGGAGCAGGAGGGAGAGCCCAGCUCUAUCGUGAACGUGCCGGGCGAGUCGACUCUGCGGCGGGACUUCAUCCGUCUGCAGCAGGAGAAUAAGGAGCGCUCGGAGGCCCUGAGACGCCAGCAGCUCCUCCAGGAGCAGCAGCUCCGCGAGCAGGAGGAGUACAAGCGGCAGCUGCUGGCCGAGCGACAGAAGCGCAUCGAGCAGCAGAAGGAGCAGAGGAGGCGUCUGGAGGAGCAACAGAGACGCGAGCGCGAGAUGAGGAGGCAGCAGGAGCGAGAGCAGAGGAGGAGAGAGCAGGAGGAGAAGAGGCGCCUGGAGGAGAUGGAGAGGAGGCGCAAAGAGGAGGAGGAGCGCCGAAGGGCAGAGGAGGAGAAGAGGAGGGCUGACCGCGAGCAGGAGUACAUCCGCCGGCAGCUGGAGGAGGAGCAGAGGCACCUGGAGAUCCUGCAGCAGCAGCUGCUUCACGAGCAGGCCAUGCUCCUGGUGGAUGAGCGUCACCGCAGGAGCGUGCAGGGCUCUCCUCAGACCGCAGUCCUGCAGAAGCAGCCUCCAGCCGUGCCACCGCGAUCAUCAGAGCCCUUCUCCAACGGCAGCAGCAGCAGUGACCCGCAGGAUCUGACGGCGCUGGCGAAGGAGCUGCGUGCGGUGGAGGACGUGCGGCCGCAGCACAAAGCCACGGACUACUCGUCCUCCAGCGAGGACUCGGGCACCACUGAUGACGAGGACGACGAGGAGGUGGAUCAGGAGGCGGGAGAGGAGUCGACGUCUGGCCCCGAGGACUCCCGCGCCGGCUCGUCCAGACUCAGUAAUGGAGAGACGGAAGCAGCUAAGACCAUGGUUGUCCAAGACAACGACGCCUCCUCUACGCCAUGCAAAGACAGCACGCUGAUCAUGAGACAGUUCCAGAGAGCAGGGCCUGUGACAGUGCUGGGAUCAGGCUGGAUUCCCAGUCCUGUAGAGAUUGGGCAGAGGAACUGCAUUAGGGGCCUGCCCGACCUGCUCCAGCAGUCCUCCUCGGCUCCCAGCAGCCCUGCCCUGUCCCCCCUCAGUCCCUCGGACAGAGUCCCGUGCCUAGCAGAGACUCCCACCGUGCCGAAGCACAAGUCUUCCUCGUCUUUCACGCCCUUCAUUGACCCGCGUCUCCUGCAGGUCUCUCCAUCCACCGGCAGCGCGCUCAAUAAUGCUGGUUACAGUAAUGACGCUCGACUGCAGGAGGCUCUGCGGCAGGACGCGUCUCGUAAGGGAUCGGUGGUCAACGUCAACCCUGUCAACACACGGCCCCAGAACGACACGCCAGAGAUCCGCAAGUACAAGAAGAGGUUCAAUUCAGAGAUCUUGUGCGCUGCUCUCUGGGGAGUGAAUCUGCUGGUGGGCACAGAGAGCGGCCUCAUGCUGCUGGAUCGCAGCGGUCAGGGCAAGGUCUACCCGCUCAUCAGCCGCAGACGCUUCCAGCAGAUGGACGUUCUGGAGGGACUCAAUGUGCUGGUGACCAUAUCAGGGAAGAAGAAUAAAUUGCGUGUGUACUAUCUGUCCUGGCUGAGGAACAAGAUCCUCCAUAAUGACCCUGAGGUGGAGAAGAAGCAGGGCUGGACCACCGUAGGAGACCUUGAGGGCUGUGUGCACUACAACGUCGUGAAGUACGAGAGGAUCAAGUUCUUGGUUCUGGCCCUGAAGAAUUCAGUCGAGGUGUACGCCUGGGCUCCCAAACCCUACCAUAAGUUCAUGGCUUUCAAGUCCUUCGGUGAUCUGGUGCACAAGCCGCUGCUGGUUGACCUCACGGUUGAAGAAGGCCAAAGGUUAAAGGUCAUCUACGGGUCCUGCUCUGGCUUUCAUGCCGUGGAUGUGGACUCGGGAGCCGUCUACGACAUCUAUCUGCCGACUCACAUCCAGAGCAGCAUCCAGUCACACGCCAUCAUCAUCCUGCCCAACACGGACGGCAUCGAGCUGCUGGUGUGCUACGAGGACGAGGGCGUGUAUGUCAACACCUACGGCCGCAUCACUAAAGACGUGGUGCUGCAGUGGGGCGAGAUGCCCACCUCCGUCGCGUAUAUCCGCUCUAACCAGAUCAUGGGCUGGGGAGAGAAGGCCAUAGAGAUCCGCUCGGUGGAAACGGGCCACCUGGAUGGAGUUUUCAUGCACAAAAGAGCACAGCGACUCAAGUUUCUGUGUGAGAGGAAUGACAAGGUGUUCUUCGCCUCGGUGCGCUCCGGCGGCUCCAGUCAGGUGUACUUCAUGACGCUGGGACGCACCUCUCUGCUCAGCUGGUGAAGAAGCGUCGGGGUUCUGGCCGCUGGAGGACUGACAAACACACUGAUGAUGCAGCCUGCUGCAUGAGGGACGGCUCGAGUGUCUACAGUAUUAUUGCUAGUCUGUGUAAAUGUCUUUCUCUAGAGUUUAAUCAAACCUGACUCCGCUGAGAGGAGCGCUGCUGUCGUGUCUCUCGCUCACACAAUGGUGAAACGCUCAAUGGCUUUGUUUUGUCAUGUAUUUUUUAUUUAUGGCUUGUAUUUAUUUCUAGGGUUUUGUUUUUGUGAGCAGUAAUGUGGAGGGUUCCUGAGAGCUGGCUCUGUGUGGAGCGUCUGAUGAAGUGCACCGCUGCGUCAGCUUCAGUUCUGCUUCUCAUCAAACACAAGGAUUCAGAUCAAUUACUCUCUGUUGCCUCUCUUUCAUCAUCUUGUCUGCUCUCACGCCGCCUCUUCUCUUCUUUUCCUUUUUAGUCACUUAUCCUCUUAUCUUAUCCUCUUUUUCUUCUGCCAUGUGUCAGAUGACCGUGGCCUUGUUCCUGUUGUUUGAAUUGUGCUUCAGAAUGACGAGUGAAGGAGUUUAAAUCAGGCUGUUUAACGAGCAUCUCCACUGCCUCCAAACCUCGAACCUGACCGUCAUUAUGUUUUGAGAAACCGAGAGUGAAAGUAGUUCUGCCAUUUCAUGCAUUGGACCUGGAAACUGAAUCUGAACUGUCCACUCAACGUCCAGACCACAAACCAGUCAUAAAACUGACAUUUGAAUCGUUUUGUACGUUUUUUCGUGCGCUUGACCAAUGAGUUUUGGAGAUUCGUGGAUUUCAUCACCAUCACAAACGGAGGAGUAAAGAUGGCCGUGAUGAAACGCUACCUUCAGUCGGAUGUGAAAGACCAUCUUGGUCAUGGACUGUGAUUAUGAGGAGUUGAACCUGAACUGUGUUUAUUUAAUGAAAGGCAGGACUGAGGAAAGAAGCAAUUGAACCAAAUGAAAGAGAUGAGCGUGCACGAGUCCAGAGACGCUUCUGCUGCCCCUGCUUUUGUUCUGUCUUCUCUUCCUGUUUUUAAAGUUUACACAGACACACACACACACACACACACUCUCUUCUGCUGACUGCAGUGAAUCUGCUGGAUGAUGUCUGUUAUGAUUACUGGAGGUAUUUUCUCUGUUUAGUUCACCUCUCCACACACACACUAUAGGUUUACAUGUUCUAUAAGUUCUAUAUUUAUGUUUCUUGUAUUAUUUAGCAUUAGAUCAUUUUAAGAACUUUCAGUGAGAUUUGUCAUAAGAAGAAGGUGAAUCAGGCCAAAGGCAAACUCUAAGAGUGAAGCGAACAUGUUUAGAAAAGCCACGAAAUGAAAGCUGCUUUAACUUUGAGAGUUUCUCAGUCCUUCACACAGUUAAACACAGCUAGCGAUUGUGAUGUUUCAGUUCUUGCCCUGAUCUAGUGACCUGAAGUAAAUUCAGCUGGAAAAAA